GGGGGGAGUUUCAAAGUCUGAUCUCGUGUUCUUACCCUUCUCUCUCUCCCUCUCUCUCCCUCAGAGACAGAAAAAGUCACUCAUUAGCCCAAAAAAUUGAUUUUCGAUUUUUUUUUUUAUUUUUUUUUAUUUUUAAGGUAAGUGUAAUUUUUUUCUCCAUAAAGACCAAUGCAUUCCCCGGUCCUCUUCACAAUUUACUUACCGGUUCAGAGAAGUAGGAACCGGCUAAACUUUCGAAAUUCACGUACCGGUUCAGAGAAGUUGAGCUUUAUCCUUGCCGCCAAAAUAUAAACUCGUGUUACCUGUAGUCCACCUUCUACAAUGGACCUUGAUCUGCAUUCCCUGGUCCGCCUACUCCAAUCCUGCAACACUCACCGUUCAAUUCAUAAAGGAAGACAGCUCCACCUUAUCUUUCUCAAAAGUGGUCUCCUGAACUCCGUUCUCACCAUCGGAAAUCGCCUUCUGCAGAUGUAUGUGCGGUGUGGUGGCUUGAGUGAAGCGUGGAAAGUGUUCGAUGAUAUGCCUGAGAGGAACGCUUUCUCUUGGAACACAAUGAUAGAGGGGUGCAUGAACUCAGGGAACAGGGAGAGAUCACUAGAAUUAUUUGGUUCCAUGCCUCAAAAGAACGACUUCUCGUGGAGCAUGGUGGUUUCUGGGUUUGCAAAGGCCGGGAUGCUAGAGGUUGCUCGGAGUUUGUUUAAUGAGAUGCCAAGGAAAAAUGGUAUUGCGUGGAAUUCGAUGAUUCAUGGUUAUGCCCGAAAUGGCUGUGCAACAGAAGCAGUGAAUCUUUUUAAGGAUUUGAACUCAGACCCUUCUGAAAUAUUGCAUCGUGAUUCAUUUGUAUUGGCGACGGUCAUUGGGGCAUGUAGUGAUUUGGCGGCUCUUGAUUGUGGCAAGCAAAUUCAUGCACGCAUUGUGAUUGAUCAAGUGGAAUUCGACUCGGUUUUGAGUACUUCUUUGAUUAAUAUGUAUGGAAAGUGUAGUGAUCUGGAUAGUGCAAAUCAUGUUCUGAAUAUGUUUAAGGAACCGGAUGACUAUUCUCUGUCGGCAUUGAUUUCAGGCUAUGCAAAUUGUGGUAGAAUGAAUGAUGCAAGGAAGGUUUUUGAUAGCAAAAGUGAUCCAUGUGUCGUGUUAUGGAAUUCGAUAAUAUCUGGAUAUGUUUAUAAUAAUGAGGAAAGUGAAGCAUUGGUUCUCUUCAAUCAGAUGAGGAGAGAUGGAUUUCAAGAAGAUUCCUCCACACUUGCAACUGUUUUGAGUGCCAGUAGUAGCUUAGGCAUUCUUGGACAUGGUAAACAAAUGCAUACUCAUGCAUUUAAAGUUGGGGUAAUUGAUGAUGUCGUCUUGGCUAGUGCACUAAUUGACGCAUACUCCAAAAGUGGGAGCUUUUAUGAUGCAUGCAAGUUAUUUAGCGAGCUCAAAGCGUACGACACAAUCUUGCUUAAUUCUAUGAUAAAGGUAUAUUCCAGUUGUGGAAAAAUUGAAGAUGCAAAAUGGAUUUUCAACACUAUGCCGAACAGAAGCUUGAUAUCAUGGAAUUCAAUGAUAGUGGCUCUCAGCCAAAAUGGGUGUCCAAUCGAAGCAUUAGAUCUUUUUUGCCAGAUGAACAAGAUGAACUUGAGAAUGGAUAAGUUUAGCCUGGCCAGUGUAAUCAGUGCGUGUGCUAGCAUCUCUUCACUGGAACUUGGUGAACAGGUUUUUGCUAGAGCUACCGUCAAUGGGCUCGAGUCUGAUCAGAUCAUUUGUACAUCCCUUGUUGAUUUCUUCUGCAAGUGUGGUUUUGUUGAGAAUGGGCGAAGUAUAUUUGAUCAAAUGAUGAAAUGUGAUGAAAUCUCUUGGAACUCAAUGAUGAUGGGUUAUGCCACUAAUGGUCGUGGACUCGAAGCACUGACUCUGUUCAACGAAAUGAGGCAAGCUGGUGUUAGACCUACUGAUGUUACAUUUACAGCAGUUCUUUCUGCCUGUGAUCAUUGUGGACUUGUUGAAGAUGGACGGAAAUGGUUUUAUGCAAUGAAAUCAGAUUAUCAUAUCGAUCCAGUGAUUGAACACUACUCAUGCAUGGUCGAUCUUUUUGCCCGUGCUGGUUGCAUUGAGGAAGCAAUGACUCUCAUAGAACAGAUGCCUUUUGAGGCUGAUGCAAGUAUGUGGUCAUCAGUGUUGAGAGGCUGUGUAGCUCAUGGGGAUAAAACUCUAGGAAAGAAGGUAGCAGAGAGAAUUAUGAAGCUUGAGCCCGAGAAUUCAGGUGCUUAUGUCCAGUUAUCUAGCAUCUUCGCCAACUUCGGGGACUGGGAAGCAUCAGCACAAGUUAGAAAUUUGAUGAGGGAUAAGCAAAUACAAAAGAAUCCAGGUUGCAGUUGGGCUGACAGUUAAACACAACCUCGGUUAUUGUGAGGAAGUUAAAUCAGGCCGGAGGUCCCUUGGAUGCCUUCCACCCUGUGAUAGGUGCUGGGCAUUUGGACAUGGAUGUUACUUCCAAGCACCCUUACAAUAAAGCAAAAGAUCUGUCAACUCCAAAUGGUUGGAUACAUGGCUUUGGAUAGAUAAAGGAUCUAAAGAUGUUUCUUGGUGCUUUGAAAACAGUACUUUUGUUUGUGAGAAUUAUUUGGUGACUGGUCGAUGAAAUAUUUACUCCCAACUUACCCGAAAGAAAAAUGAAAGAAGAAGAAGAAGAAGAAGUAGAAGAAGAAGAAACGUUGGCUACAAGCUUUAUACUAAGACCAGUAAACAUCUGAUUUAUGAAAUUCUUGGCGUAUGGAAUUUAGAAAUUAUGCAAGAAUUCAGUACUUGAAGUUGAAAUGAAAUGCAAGUUCCAAAUGAAUCGGGAAGUGUAAAAAACCUACUGAGAUAGAUAUAUUUCUUUACGACUACCAAGCCUUCUAUUUGCUCUAAUGUUAUUCUGGAAUAUGGUGUUAAAACUUGUUUGUGUAUUGUUUUCAAAAUUCUGAGAAAUAUCUUUUAGGU